GGCGCUUACAGUUUAUCUAAUAGAUUCAGUUGCCUUUUUCCUUUUUCCCCUUUUAUCUAUCUGGCUGAAUUAAAUCGCUCCACUCCUAGUCUAAUUCCUUUGUAUCUCUCUCUGUUCUGUCCACCGGCAUCUUUGUCUCUUUUUUUUUUCCCUCUCUUGUGUUCUUUUGUGGUUAAUAUAUAAAUCUUUAUUUCGUCCAUUCAAUUGUGUUUUUUUUCCUCCUUUCCUUUAUCUUUCCCACUUUUCCUUUCUUUUUUCUUCUUACCUUAUUACACACACAAACACACUCCCUUGCUUGCCACAUCACAGCUUAUAACGUUAUUACCUUCCAAUGACGUUUUACGGCAGUGUACCUAACAAACACCAUCACCUAUUAACCAAAGCCGAACGCGAUCUUCUUCAAGCCGAUCGUCCAGGCUAUGGAUCACGAACUCGAUUGGAAGUCGCCUUUAAUCUGGUCAAUGCGACCGUCGGUGCCGGUAUUAUUGGAUUACCAUUUGCCGUCGCCCACGCAGGAUUUUUCCUCGGUGUAGCUGCUUCGAUUUUUGUCGCCAUCCUUUCACAAACUGGCCUUUACAUGCUCAUUGUGGCCGGUCAACGAGUUGGCAUCUAUAAAUUUGCUCUUCUAGUCGAAUAUCUCCUUGGCAGACCAGGCUACCAUUUUCUCAAUUUGAUGAUUUUCAUUCAAGCCGGUGGUGCCGCUGUGAGCUAUUUCAUAUUGUUAGGAGAUACCGUCACGGUGCUGUGCCAGCGUUAUCUACCCCAAUUCUCGAUCCUAAGCGACAGAUCCAUCAUUGUGCCCAUUAUUGGUCUUUGUUGUAUCCUUCCCCUUACCACUUCUCGAUCGAUCGGGUCAUUGGCGCGCUGGUCCACGGUGGCUGUAUUCACACUGCCUGUCAUUCUUUUGUCCAUUUUGAUUCGCGCCCCGGCUUACGCACCUGACACCCAUAUUCCCCUGACAUGGUUUGGCUCGGAUAUUUUCGGAGCCUUGGGCAUCAUGGCUUUUGCAUUUACGUGCUCGCAGGUCGCCUUCAACAACUAUCUCACUCUGGAAGAUCAAACCGCCCACAGCUGGCGGCAGACCACCACCAUUUCCAGUGGCAUCAGUUGGUUGGCUUCCAUGACAUUUGCCAUCAUUGGUUUCUUAUGUUUCGGCGAAAAUGUUCAGUCCAACCUGUUCAUGAACUUUGCUCCUGAUGAUCCAGUGGUCAAUAUUGGCCGUCUCGCUCUCGGUCUCAAUAUGGUGCUUUCUAUUCCUGUGGCCUUUUUCCCGACACGUGAAGCCGUGCAGAAAUCAUUGGGUUUCGAGACCGCGACCAAGCAACCGACGACUUUUCAGCACUAUAUCGUGACCAUUGUCCUAUUUGUUAUCCUGUUGAUCACAGGCGUCACUGUCAAGUCGUUGGGCAAAGUGUAUGCACUGGUCGGUGGGGUAUCCGCGACGACCUUGGCAUUCAUUCUACCUGCAUGUGCUUACCUCGUGACCCGACGACGUACUGCAACGUCAACUGAUGUAUCCGUGUAUCCCACUCUGACGGCCUCGACGGCGGUGUCACCCAUGGAUGAGGACAAAUCGCCCCUCGUGUUCUCUGAUGUCGCCUCGUUUGCCUCAUCAUCCCGUACCCCGAUCUUUGAUGAAGAAGACGUAUCAACCGUGGAUAACUAUGAAAUGUUGGAUGACGAUGAAUUACCAGAACCAUCCUUUUGGCUGGAUAUCGCAGCGGGUCUGCUUAUCGUGUGGGGUUUCAUGGUCAUGGUCUUUUCCACUUCCGGUGUCCUUACUCAAUCAUGACCAUGAAAUAAACUGACGAGUCUCUUGUUCGCUAUUUUCUACCCUUACCCCCCUCUUAUUACCUUUUAUUAUCUUCCCCUGUGUGCCUCUAUUUCCACCUUUUCUAUUUUUUUCCCUGCUCCCUUGAAUUUCCCAGUGAUUCAGUAGACAUUUGAUAACAUACCAUUGCGUUUUUUAUUCCCCCCCCCCCUUUGCACAUACCAAAUAUAUAACUAGUAUAUUAU